AAUACUUGAUACUUGACUGAAUGGCUUAGCGGAAAAGGAGAAUCGUUUCAACACAUCCGUGGAGGAGCAGCGGAGCGGAGUUAAAGCUCGGGAAGGAAAAGGGUGUAAGAAUUCAGCACCUGGCUGGAGGAAGGAUGCUUGAAAAUAAGAGAGAGAGACUGAAGACUUUCUUAAGAAAAAUCGACGAAAAAGCUAUCUUCGGAAUCAAGCAUUUAAUGAAUGAGAGCUACUCAGUGGAGAGCGGGACUCUUCCCACGAAAGCCAAGAAGGAAAAGAUGGCGAAAAAGAAGCUUGACCAAAAGAAGGCCUUCAGUCUCGAGGACGCUCAGCUUGAGAUGGAGCAGCAAAACAAAAGCCAGAGCAGGCCGGCCCUGCCCAGGUCUCAGACAGUUGCAGGAUCUUUGGAAAGAAACGACAGCAUCAACUCAAGAAGUAGCUUCAUCAAGCACAACAAAACAUUUCACAAACUCUUUCCAGACAUCCCUGAGAGCGAAGACUUGUUACACGCCUACAUCUGUGCUCUGCAGAGGGAGGUACCGUACCAUGGCCGUCUCUACAUCACAGAGAACAACGUGUGCUUUCACUCCUCUGUGCUUCUCAAGGCCACCAAGGUGGUGAUCCCCGUGUCAAAUGUCACUGUCCUGAAGAAGCAGAACACAGCAUUGCUGGUGCCAAAUGCUCUGUCUAUCCGCAGCAACCUGGGAGAGAAGUAUUUGUUCGUGUCUCUGAGAAACCGUGAAGGCUGCUACAGGCUGCUGCGCUCUGUUUGCUCACAUCUGGACGACGGCAGCGCCAAUAGCAGUCCACUUUUCUCAUCCGCCGAGAACAGCUUUGAUCAGGGCAAACUGGUGAACUCAAGCCAGUCGAGCCUGUCUGAUGCCUUCGAGGAGCUUGGAGGGACAGACUCUGGACUAUUACUGCAACCUGCUCCUAUUAAACUUCACAAAGCCUCAAUCUCAAAUGGAAGUCCUCAAACUUUAAGAAGUCCUCAAAGAGAAGAAGAGGAGACUCCGACAGAGGAGUACACAGGGGGCUCAUGGAUGGGGAAUGUGACUGACGGAGCCAGAUCACUGCUCAUCCACAGAGAAGCCACCAACCUCAACACUCUGCUGCUCAUCUACUUAAUGCUGGUGGUACUGCUCGUGUUGUCCUCUGGGUACAUCGGCCUGCGCAUCGUGGCUCUGGAGGAACAGCUGACUACUCUGGGAGCCUUGCCUGAAUUCGCUCUACACAGCGGGUACAAGGACACAUAAACAUGCCAGAGAAAGGAGAGAGGUGUUUAUCUAAUGAACCUGAGGAGGAAUGACGGCUUCUGACGAUGUCAGUCCAUAUUUUUACGUUUCUCAGACCCCAGUAGAGCUUGUGAGCAUUAUUCACUUUCAGCAAGAAGAAAACCAAAGCACUCUGUGGCACCGUGUUGUUCCAGGAGCCCUGGGACUCUUUUCCACCCGACGAACCAAAGAGUCGGCUUUAAGCGGGAAGGAGGUGGAGCGUAAAUCACAGGGAAAACAGAAACCAAGCCGUUUUCAAAGAAAGGUUCCCUGCUAAUGUCACCUGGUUACACUUUGUUUUUUUCUUUUCCACAUUUAAUCUCGACUUGGUUAAUGAUUGAAUCUUUCACCCUUUCUGAUGAAGCUCCUCUUGUGAAGAUGAUUGUUCUCUCUUUUUUCUUUUCGAAUCACCAGGUGGCAUUUUGGCUUGAUUCAGGAAUAUAUAGAUGGUUGUGUGGCCGAUAUUUUUUUAUUAUUUAUGUAUUUUCGCAUCUAUGCACAAACUAAUAUCCUGAUCAGGUAUUUCUAGCCUCUUGUUUGUCACUUUUGUACUUUGAUUGACAUAGGCGACACCUGUUUCUAAUCAAACAAACUGUUAAAAAGAUCCAGAUUUCAUAUUAACCACACGAAGAAUUUUGGUAAAUGUUAAAGGAGCAAAAUCGGCAACAAAAAAAAAUAGAGAAAUGUACUUGAGUCGCAUUUCAAGAACUGACAAACCAUUGACAUGGUCCAAUACGUGCAUGGUUAGUUUGUGUAUGCGAGUGUAUAUACAGUUGUAAAAUAAGAGACUUGAAAUGAAUCAGUGCACUUUAAUGUGUGUGGAUUGUAUGAAGGCAUUAGUGUGACAACAAAAGAAGUCUAUCAUCCUCAUCUGGAUCUGGAUUAUACCGGCAUUAUGCUUCAUUUUCACAUGUCGCUACACUAGUUAAUGUCAGUUUUGCACCCAAGAACAGGACCCAGCUGUGGUGCAAUGCCGGCUUCAGAUGGUGCUAAAGAGUCUUUAACUCAGGGCUUCUUGCACUCAGUGCCCUGCUUCCUCAUGUCUCCUACAUUGUCAGUACAGUGUCUGUGCUUGCUCAGCUCAUAAAGAAUUAGCUAAUAAUCUAAGUAAGAUGUCUUAGAGCAGAGAAAGCUCAUUUCAAAAUCAACUGUGGGAUUUGCUCUCAGACUCUUUUGCUGCUUCUUUAUCUUAGAUUAGCACAAUGCUAACUCCAGUUGGAUUCAUUACUAUUUAGUGUCUGCGUACUACCCCCCUUUCAAUAUUUAAAGAUCUAUCUAUACCCCAAUAAAGGUGCAUGUUGAUCGUCCCUCUGGGGUGUUUCAGUCAUCAAUCAGUUCAUAAUGAUUUCCUGAUUUGAUGGAUCAUUUUAUCUUAAAGAGGAAAGAAGUGUUGCACAGAGACUAAUUAUGAGAAUAAAAGUGUUGGACUUUGCUCACUCUGAGCUCAUGUAAUUCCCUUUCAAUAACAACCAUGCAGGAAUACAGUGAGUGUAUCAUUUCUGUUUGCACUAUUGAAGGGUAUGUAAAUAAUAUUUUGUAUUGAUUUGUGUUUAAAUGAGUCCCCACUGAUCUAUUUAUUGCAUUCUCUGUAAGGAAAAGUGAUCUCUGUGAGACCGGCUUUAACAUUUGAAUAAAUCAAAUAAUGGGGGAAAAAUGCA